GCCACUCUUUUCGUACUGGAAAAUCUGCAGGCCAUUGCAAGGGGUCUUUGUUUUCGCCACAGGAGGACCCAUUUUUGUCGUCUCUGGGUAUUUAUUCCCGAUCCUUGCUCGUUUGCGCGUGGAUUUUUCGGAUAAACUGUGAGACUCCUUGUAGGCUGACAUGGCGCACACAUUUCUUCAACCGACCAAUUUUUCAUCUUCAGUAGGUUUGAUAUAUGGACAGUUGAAGGGAUCUAAUCAAGCGAAAAAGCUGCCACAACAGGCAGAGAUGGGACACACUUUACAUACACAAACCAAUUUGCCUUCGUCGGUUUGUUUAUAUAAUAGGAAUUUGAAGGGAUCUAAUAGAACAAAGAAGGCAGCUUCUAUGUUAUGCAGCACACAAUCAGGUCCGAUAAGGCUUACAAGUUUCUCUGGAUUGCGUCAAGCGAAUGCCUUGGACAUGAGAGGCUGUUGGGCUGAGCAGACACUCCAAUCGAAGAUCACAGCAACAACCAGCUAUAUUAAUCCAAAAAGAAAGCAGCGUAUGGCUCCACGAGCCAUGUUUGAACGCUUCACAGAGAAAGCAAUAAAAGUCAUUAUGCUUUCACAAGAAGAAGCAAGACGACUCGGUCACAAUUUUGUUGGAACCGAGCAGAUCUUAUUGGGGCUUAUUGGCGAGGGCACAGGAAUUGCUGCCAAGGUUCUUAAGUCGUUAGGCCUAAAUUUGAAAGAUGCUCGUGUAGAAGUGGAAAAAAUCAUUGGAAGGGGUACUGGUUUUGUUGCGGUGGAAAUACCUUUUACUCCUCGUGCAAAGCGUGUUUUAGAGCUCGCACUCGAUGAAGCCCGCGCCAUUGGUCAUAGUUACAUUGGAACUGAGCAUUUGUUGCUGGGAUUGCUCCGUGAGGGUGAAGGUGUGGCUUCCCGAGUCUUUGAGAAUUUAGGUGCUGACCCUGAUAAUAUUAGGACUCAGGUUAUUAGGAUGGUGGGAGAGAGUGCAGAGACAGUUACUAGUGUUGGGGGAGUUGGUGGAGCCUCGGGAAAUAAAAUGCCUACGUUAGAGGAAUAUGGUACUAAUUUAACAAAGUUAGCUGAAGAGGGUAAACUAGAUCCUGUUGUCGGAAGGCAGGAUCAAGUGGAGCGAGUUACUCAAAUUUUGGGUAGACGAACAAAAAAUAAUCCUUGCCUCAUUGGAGAACCUGGUGUCGGGAAAACAGCUAUUGCAGAAGGGCUCGCGCAGAGAAUAGCCAGCGGUAAUGUCCCCGAGACUAUUGAGGGUAAAAAGGUUAUCACUCUGGAUAUGGGUCUUCUUGUUUCUGGAACAAAGUAUCGCGGCGAAUUUGAAGAAAGAUUGAAAAAGCUGAUGGAGGAGAUUAGACAGAAUGAUGAUAUUAUACUCUUCAUCGACGAGGUGCACACUUUGAUUGGAGCUGGAGCUGCUGAAGGCGCAAUCGAUGCUGCAAACAUCUUGAAGCCUGCAUUAGCGAGAGGAGAACUUCAGUGUAUUGGAGCCACUACUCUAGAUGAAUACAGAAAGCAUGUCGAGAAGGAUCCUGCUCUCGAAAGAAGGUUUCAGCCCGUUAGGGUUCCUGAGCCUACAGUAGACGAAGCCAUUCAGAUUCUUCGAGGGCUACGUGAACGCUACGAGAUCCAUCACAAGCUUCAUUACACUGACGAAUCGUUAGUCGCUGCAGCACAAUUGUCCCACCAGUAUAUCAGUGACCGAUUUCUGCCAGACAAAGCAAUCGACUUGAUCGACGAGGCUGGUUCCCGAGUCCGACUUCGUCAUGCAAAGCUUCCCGAGGAAGCCCGAGAGCUCGAGAAAGAACUCAGACAGAUAACAAAGGACAAGAACGAAGCCGUCCGGAGCCAGGACUUCGAGAAGGCCGGAGAGCUUCGCGACACGGAAAUGGAUCUUAAGGUUAAAAUAUCGGCUCUUAUAGAAAAAAAUAAGGAGAUGAGCAAGGCAGAAAGCGAGUCCGGCGAUGCGGGUCCGAUCGUAACCGAAGUCGACAUUCAGCACAUCGUUUCGCUUUGGACGGGCAUCCCCGUCGAGAAAGUCUCGGCUGACGAAUCCGAUCGAUUGCUCAAGAUGGAGGAGACCCUCCACACGAGGGUCAUCGGGCAGGACGAGGCCGUAAAAGCAAUCAGUCGUUCCAUCCGCCGCGCUCGCGUCGGGCUCAAGAAUCCCGUCCGCCCCAUCGCGAGCUUCAUCUUCUCCGGCCCGACUGGCGUCGGGAAAUCCGAACUGGCGAAGGCGUUGGCGUCGUACUACUUCGGGUCGGAGGAAGCCAUGAUCCGUCUCGACAUGAGCGAGUACAUGGAGCGGCACACGGUCGCAAAGCUCAUUGGGUCCCCGCCCGGUUACGUCGGGUACACCGACGGCGGGCAGCUCACCGAGGCUGUCCGUCGACGACCUUACACCGUCGUCCUCUUCGACGAAAUCGAAAAGGCGCACCCCGACGUCUUCAACAUGAUGCUCCAGAUCCUCGAAGACGGCCGGCUGACCGACAGCAAGGGCCGAACCGUCGACUUCAAGAACACGCUCAUCAUUAUGACGUCGAACGUCGGGAGUAAUGUGAUCGAGAAGGGCGGGCGCCGCAUUGGUUUCGAUCUCGAUUACGACGAGAAGGACUCGAGUUAUAACCGGAUCAAGAGCCUGGUGACCGAAGAGCUCAAACAGUAUUUCCGGCCCGAAUUCCUCAACCGAUUGGAUGACAUGAUCGUCUUCCGGCAGCUGUCGAAGAUCGAGGUCAAAGAGAUUGCCGAUAUUAUGCUGAAGGAGGUUCGAUCGAGGCUGAUGGAGAAAGAAAUCGACAUGCAGGUGACGGAUCGGUUUCGGGAUCGGGUCGUCGACGAGGGGUAUAAUCCGAGCUACGGAGCUCGGCCGCUGAGACGAGCGAUCAUGAGGCUGCUCGAGGAUAGCAUGGCGGAGAAGAUGCUUGCGCAGGACAUCAAGGAGGGUGAUUCGGUUAUUGUCGACGUCGAUUCUGACGGGAAUGUCGUCGUCUUGAACGGGAACGGAAAUGGAUCCGUUCCCGAACCGAACCCCGACGUCGUGUUGGUGUAGUUUUCGGGUAAUUUCUUCGAUCUUUAUUGGCUAUGCGAUUGUUCGUGGGCUGCUCGGCUCUAUCGACGGCGGCGGCGGCGGUGGCGGUUUCUGUCCGUAGAUGGGUUUUAUUUAAACAGGUAACAUGCUUUUUUUAACUUAGCUUCUACAAUUUGAUGAAUUCUUGCUUGUCUUUUUUUUUUAUUAUUAUUUAUUUAUUUAAGUAAGAUUAUAUUUUAUUGAGGCAUUGUUUUGUAAGUUUUAAUUGCUUAUAAGUUUGCUUUUAUUUUACACCACAACAUACCUAUGCCUGUUUAUUGUUUAC